GCCCGGCGUCUCGCCAGCUCAGAGUGCCACGACUCCAUUGAAAGGAAGAGGAUUCCCAGACGGACGGACUGACUGAGAGAGAUAAUUUGGGGAAAUAGCUGCAUAUUUUACUCCAGAUUGAAAGAAAUUCAACGACAAAAUCCGUGCUUCUUCAACCGCCUCCAGAAGCGGUCUACUGUAGCUACAUCAGCACAGAUAUAUAUAAAAAUAAGGACAGCGAACCCGUCAUAGUGGUCAUCAUGGAUCUGUAUGACCCUCAGACGCUAGGCAUCAUGGUAUUUGGAGGCUUCAUGGUCAUCUCAGCGCUCGGCAUCGUCCUGGUCUCCACCUUCUCCAUGAAGGAGACCUCGUAUGAGGAGGCUCUGGCCCAGCAGCGUAGAGAGCUGGGCAAGAUGGCUCCUCCUGGCCAACUGACCAAGAAGGACAAGAAGAAGGACAAGGCGUCUGAGAAGAAGAACCGUGGUAAGAAGAAGGAAGACAAGCCCAAUGGGAAGCUGCCAGAAUCGGAACCAGAGGAGGACCAAGUGGCCGAGCCUGAGCCGGAACCAACCCCAGCCCCAGAAAGAGUCGCUGCUCCUGCUCCUGCCCCUGCCCCUGAACCAACCCCUGCCCCUGCUCCAGCUCCCACCGCUGUAGAGGCCCCACCUGCCCCUGCACCGAAGAAGAAGAAGGAGAAGAAGGUGGCUAAGGUAGAGCCAGCCCAGGCACCCACCACCCUGGCUGCCUCAGCCCCUACCCCCAUGGCCCCCUCCAAGCCUGCCCCAGUCCUGGAGGCUGUCACCAAGGAGGUCCCUGUGAUGGCAGUGCCCCCAGUGGGCUCCCAGCAGACUGCAGCCAAGGCUCAGGAGGCCAAGGCUCAGGAGGCCAAGGCUCAGGAGGCCAAGGCUCAGGAGGCCAAGGCUCAGGAGGCCAAGGCUCAGGAGGCCAAGGCUCAGGAGGCCAAGGCUCAGGAGGCCAAGGCUCAGGAGGCCAAGGCUCAGCAGACCAAGGCUCAGCAGACCAAGGCUCAGGACCCUUCUAAGAAGAAGGCAUCAAUGAAGAAAAAGGCUGAGCCUGCCAUAGCAGUGGACUCUGGUCUGGAUGCACCCCUGUACCUGCCCUACAGGGCCCUGGUCUCUACCGUUAGCAGUAUGGUGUUCAGUGAGGGAGAGGCCCAGCGCCUCAUACAGAUCCUCUCUGACAAGGCUGGCAUCAGACAAGACACCUGGCACAUGGCUACUCAGAAGGGCGACCCAGUGGCUGUGAUGAAGAAACAGUUAGAGGAGAAUCAGAAACAGCUGGCAACUCAGCAAGAGGACGCCACCGCAGCCAAGAACAGACUGAGGGAACUCACCAAGGAGCUGUCUUCUGAGAAGUCCAAGGUGGCCAGUGUAGAAACCAGGCUGAGUUCCCAGCUCUCGUCCAGGGAGCAGGAGAUGAUCGCUCUGCAGGCUCGUAUGCAGGCCUCCUACCAGGACCACGUAGCCCAGACACAGAAACUCAACGCCAAGGUCCUCAGUCUUCAGGAGCAGUUGGAGUCAGGUCCCACCGCCCAGCUGGCUUGUCUGCAGCAAGAGAACUCCAUCCUCAGAGAUGCCUUGAACCAGGCCACCAGCCAGGCAGAAAGCAAACAGAAUGCAGAGCUGGCCAAGCUGAGACAGGACUGUGCCAGACUGACCAAGGAGCUGGGGGAGAAGAGUGAGAGCCUCCAGGCUGAUGAGAACGUCAAGAGAGGGCUGGAGACUAAGGUGUCUUCUGUAGAGAAACAACUUUCUCUGCUACAGGCCAGCCAUGUAGAGACUGAGCAGGCACUGCAGAGGAGGCUGGAGGAGGUCAGUGAGGAGUUGAGGAGUUCACAGAGCACCCUGGAGAAAGCCCUGCAGGACGCUGCCACCCUCACAGACCUCCAGGUCCAUCUAGGCAGUGUAGAGGCUGGUCUGAAGGAGCGUAGUGCCCAGGUGGAGGCCCUCACAGCCCAGCUAGAGCAGACCGAGCUGGAGAAGGGACAAUUGGAGGAUCAGGUAGACUCCAUCAAUGUACUGCUGGAGGCCAGCCACAACAGAGACGAGGACACGGAGAUGUGGAGUUGGUCUUUUCUCAACAACACCAAUCAUUUAUCUUCCAGUCUUCAGGACAGAGACAGUCAGUUGGCGUCACUCCAACAGGAGCUGAAGCAGCUCCAAGAAAUGAAACGGGAGGCUACUGUAAGUCCUGCGAUCACUACAGCCGAGACAGAGCGGGCACCUAACAGUCAGGAAGCAAGCCUGAUGGCAUCACUUCAGGAGGAACUGAAGCAACUCAAAGAAGAGAUGGAGCAACUUAAAAACUCUCCCGCUGAUAUCUCGGAACAGCUACUCAACAGUCUGAAGGAGAGAGCGAGCCAGGAAGCAUCAACAGAAGAGGAAGUGAAGCAACUCAAAGAAACAUCUGAGCAGGCCCAGAGCAGCACUGCUCAGUCCGACAACACAGCAGAACUGGCGGCGCUACAAACCAGUCUGGCAGAGAGGGAAGCUAUGAUGGCAUCACUACAGGAGGAGCUAAGGGAAGCCAGGGCCCAAUCGCAGAAGGUACAGGAGACCUUCGCUCAGGUCCAGCAGAGCCAGGAGUCAGAGCCGAGCACAGAGCUGCCGGAGCUGUUGGAGAAACUGAAGGAGGCAGAGGACAGCCACGUGACACUGCAGGCAGAGUGUGACCAGUACAGAACGGUCUUGGCUGAAACAGAAGGAAUGCUGAAGGGCCUUCAGAAGAGUGUUGAGGAGGAGGAGCUGGUGUGGAAAUCCAAGAUGGCCGACUCUGCGGACCAGUUGAAGAAGGCCCUGGAACAAGUGCACACUCUGAAGGAGACUGUAGAGAGCUUGAAGGUAGAGAACCAAAGCAUAGAACAGCUGAAGGAGCAGGUGAUGCUGUUGGAAGCCCAGUUGGAGAAACAGUCUGAGACUGCCCCGACAGAGGAGGAAAUGACACCGUUGAAGCAGCUACUGUCAGAGUCUCAGAGUCAGCUGGAGUCAGCCCAGAUGGAGGCCCAGAUUCACAGGGAAGAGCUGCCUACGGUCAGAGGUCAGCUGAGCAAGGCGACGGAGUGCGCUCAGAGCCAGGAGGCAGUCUCUGAGGCCAGGACACAGAAUGGCCAAUCAAAGCCUGAGGUCCAGUCCCAGUUCAAUCAGACCACCGAGGAGUUUGAGCAGGCUCAGAAAACGGUUGUAGAACUCCAGGCUCAGCUGGACCUGCUGAAAGAGACAGGAGACUCCCAACAGGCCGACACAGAGGACAUAGCCCAGCUAAAGGAGCGCCUGCAAAAGGAGAGAGAACUAAUCAAAGACCUUGGCCAAGCAGCCACCAAACUCCAGCAGCUCUUAAAGUCCACUCAGGAGCAGCUCGCCAAAGAGAGGAACAAACACUGCACACUACAGGACCACUCUGAGACCAAGAGUAUGUCGCUGAAGGAAGGAACAUCUGUUUAAGAGACUGAAGACAAGACACUAAAACAUGCCAAAAAUGCCUUAAUAUGAUUACUAUUACCAUAGUUAUGCAUUCCAAAACCAUUCUUUCUUUGUACUGUAGUAGUUGAUUCCUGCAACUCCUGUAAGAAUCAAAGGACCAGUUUCACGGACAUAGAGGGAUGCUCAAUGGAGAAUCUCCAUUUAGAAUAACUUUUUAGUCCAGGACUAGGAUUAAUCUGUGUCUGUGAAACAGGCCCAAAAUGUUUAGCUAUCAUUAUGAACAUUUCAUUGUAUGAUCUAUGAUGAGGAAAAAAAUACUAUGCUGCAAACAAAACCUCCAUUCCAUCAACGAUUCUGGCUGUCAGAAGUUAUACCUAAUACUAGCUCUGGUCCAGGGCAUUACUGCACGUUCCUCCACUAUAACCUGUAUCGAUAUCGAUCACACUAACGCCCUGGACCAGAGCUAACCUAUUUCCUACUCUGCCUUAUAUUCACAAUGACCCCCCCACAGAGUCCAGUGUUAAAAGGGGAAACAAUUGUGCGUUUACGCGUACAUCAACCUGUGCAAUUACUUUGUGUGUGCACCCUAUUAUCAAUAUAGCACACUACUUUUGACCAGAGCCCUACAGGAAACCCAAUGGGCCCUGGUCAAAAGAAGUGCACUAUAUAGGGAAUAAAUAUGGUGCCACUUUGGAUUGAUGGAUAGAUUUUAUGGUACACACAACGGAUGGGAGAAAGCAAUACAGUGAGGGCCUCCUUCAGUACUGUGUGUGCAGUAGCUGGCUGCCAACACACAUGAAUGAAUUUGAUGAAGAAUAAACUACAAUGUAGCUAUG